CUCAAAACUCUCACCCCUUUCUAGAUCACAAGAAACCUUCCCCAGGCCCAAGGUUCUUUAUCUUUCCAUCGUUUUCACUCCCCCACUCCCUUCCAUUUGAUUACGCGUCUUUCUAUUACUCACUUUCUCAUCUCAUUUCCUCAACCACUCUAACCCUUUUCUUUCUUUUAUUCAAUUUCCUAUUUUCUAUGCCUUUUUCCAUCUUCCACACGCUAUCUCCUCUUCCUUUCUUCGAAUUUUCCCUUCCUUUCCCCUAAUACCCAUCGAUUUAACUCCCCACUUCUUCAUUUUUUUCAUUAGACUUAUUGCCACUUCUCUCUUCUUGAUUUUCCCAUCUGGGUUUUCUAUUUUUCUGAGUUUUCGGCUGAUUUCUGAGGUGGGUUUGUUCAGAAAUGGAGAGUAACCCGCAAUCGUUUAGGCAAUUCAGCGACCAGCUUCGGGUGCAAACUGGGAAUCUUGUGAACCUCUCACUCAACGAUUCUAUCUGGAGCAAUUCGUAUGUCUCGAAGAGGCCCGAGGAGAGGAGGAAUUUCGAUUUUAGAAAUGGUGGAGAGGUAAAUUCUUUGAAUAAUUUUAAGCCUAAAGUGUCUGAUUCUGAUGUCAAUCGGUUCAAUGAUGGAUGGAAUAGUUUUAAGCCAAGUGUUGCUUCUGAUCUGAAUAAUUGGAGCAAUACUAGCAGCAGUAUCAAUUCAAGUUCAACUGGGUAUGAAAAGAAUGCACUCAACGUGUUUGAUAAUGGGUGGAAUAGUUUCAAGCCCAAGGGUUCUGAUUUUAAUGCCUUUAAUGAUGGGUGGAAGCUUAACUCUGCUAAUAUGGGGGUGGAUCCUGUGAUUGGAGGAGCCCAAAAGGGAAUUAAUGGAGGGUUUAACAAAGGGGUUUACUCAAAAAUUGGGAAUUUUAACAGUAACAGUUUUGUAAAUCUGAAGAACUACAAGAACACUGGGAAGGUUGAAGAAGAAAAUGGAGGAAAGACAGGGAAGAAGAACAGUAACAAGAAGAACAGCGGUGAAAAUACCAAUGAUAAUAAGGAAGCUAAUAAGAAUGCUUUGGACAAGAGGUUCAAGACCCUUCCCCCAUCUGAGUCUUUGCCCAGAAAUGAAACAAUUGGUGGAUAUAUCUUUGUCUGCAACAAUGAUACUAUGCAAGAGAAUCUCAAGAGGCAGCUUUUUGGUUUGCCUCCAAGAUACAGAGAUUCAGUCAGGGCUAUAACUCCUGGGUUGCCUAUUUUCCUUUACAACUAUUCUACCCACCAACUCCAUGGAAUCUUUGAGGCUGCAAGCUUUGGAGGAACAAACAUUGAUCCAACUGCCUGGGAAGACAAGAAAACUCCCGGCGAAUCUCGUUUCCCGGCGCAGGUAAGAAUUUUGACUAGGAAGAUAUGCGAUCCACUGGAAGAGGACUCUUUCAGGCCAAUUCUUCACCAUUAUGAUGGCCCCAAGUUUCGCCUUGAACUCAACAUUCCAGAGGCACUCUCUCUGCUGGAUAUAUUUGGAGAACAAUCCUCUUGAACAGCAGACUAUAUGCUGGAUACACUAGACAGGGAUGUAUACAACAGACAUACACAAAUCAAUCAAUAGUAUUGCCAACGAACGACGAUGACGGUCAAAAGAAUGCAUUGGUGAGUUUUGGGAGUUUGGAAGAAUCAUCAUCUCAUGUCCUCUUAAGCUAUAAAUACGUUUGCUGUUUGUCUGGUGUUGGCUAGUUGAGUUGUGAAUGAAAAAGAAGUUGGAAAAACUUUUAACAGUAAUGUAACAAUAAAUAUGUAUUGUAAUGUUUUAAGUUCUGGAUACUGUAUCUGUAUGGUUACAUUAUAGGAGAUGAACUUGUGUUCGUCCUAAAGUUUUAACCUGAAAUGGAAUAACAGAACAAUGAAUGGAGUAUUGAAUUUUGUUCAUUUGUGGGA